CUCCUGAUCUGGAAAAUCCCGAAUCAACGCCUUUAUACAGUCCCAGGAGAAUAGUAGUUUCAAUGGAACGUACAUGUUAGUGGGCAGAGUGGACAGACUUCCAGUUCCACUGUCUCGAAUGCACUGCGUCAUAUGCCGUAUCAUCUAUGAGUGUGGUGAAUGGAGUGGGACUCAGCUGAGAUUGGAUGGACAGUGCUUCUUCCCGAUGAGC